AUGUUUCUCGACAGGUCCUCCGAAGGCGAACGCAAUACGCUGCCUCCCAUCUCUUCACUUUCUUCUCACGAUGACCAUUUCCGCAGAUCCGAUCCACAUAUGAGAGGAGAGGAUAACUCAGCCAACCGAUCAUUGCGUGCUCCUCUUACAAAAGCAGAAUCUAUGUAUGACGAUCCUAUGCGGAGGCCUUCGUCGGCACUAGACCACCAUCGGUCUCCUCUGGCUGGCUUACUCCCACGUCCCCAGCGUGAAAUGGAGCCCAUUCGCAAGCCAUCUUUCCCUCAGUCAGCUGAAGAGGCUUACGGAGCAUCUGCAAAUCCGCCUCAAUAUGCUCGCUCUGGCCCACUGCCGCCGCCCUUCCACCGCGAUCUCGAACGCGGUUCUCCUGUCUCUGACGAAGGUCCUUGGCGAUCUUCGCACGAAAGGCCCGAUCCACGCUUUGCUCCCAAAGAUGCUUACAGCCCGCAUAUGACUUCGGCACCCUACGCUGCCCGAGAUGAAGCCAGACCUGCUUUUGGGCCACACUCGUCCGAAGAUCCACACCGACCUCGUAUGCCAGCUCCUCCAAGCAACAUGUCUGACGAUGGUCCGUGGAGGGUCGCAUCGACGUCUCGUGACCGCGCCGACAUGCAUCCCGACGUCCUUGCACACCAACGCGCAAGGGAGGAAGAAUUGAGAUGGCGUGAAGAGCGUGGUGGCCGUCCCAUAUAUCCAUACGAUCAAGGUUCAGGCUAUCCUUCCAUGAGUCUUUACUCACAUGACCCGCGAAGUGCAGGUCGCCCACUCGAUCCUGAUCUCAUGGACGAUGGUCGACGCAUUCGUCGACGUGCGACUUCCAGCUUGGCCGAUGACGAUGCAGCUGCUCAACGAUAUCCACCUCCCGGUGCUCGUCCCUAUGGCUCUGACACCUACAGUCCGCCCGAGUCCAGAAGCCACAGCACUGCACUCACCCAAGCGAACAUGAGGCCGGGCAUGCUGGCUGGCAUGGAACCACCUCGACCUGCCUCGACACUCGGUGUCAUGCCCACUGCAUCUACGGCUGCUUCUGCGGCACCAGUGCAGCCAGCUUCAACCACCAACGCAGUCAAUGCCAACAGGCGAGUCGCUCAUCUUCUCUCCGAGCAAAAACGUCGCGAGUCAAUCAACACGGGCUUUGAGGACCUUCGUCAGGCUAUCCCUGCAUGCCGCGAUGGUCAGGACAGCAAAGCCAGCAUCCUCAAGCGUGCACUCGAAUACAUUCGAGUGCUCGAGUGCGUCGUUAAACGUCAACAUCGUCCUUCCUUUGAGAACGGUGCUAUUGGCGGUGGUUACAGCAACCGCAGCCCGCCUGAUGACAAAGAUGACUUCCGUCGCUUUGGUCGCCCCAGUGGCGAUGAAGAGCGUCGUGGUCCCAACAGGAAGAUGACCGGUAGCAGCAGUAGCAGCAGCGAGGCUGGUCCCGGUCCAAGGAUCGGUGGUCUGCCCUCCAACGCCUACGGUCAUGGCGCUGCCAAUGGUUACCCUCCCAUCCACGGUGGUUCACACCAUCUCAGAGGAUAUCCUCAGUACGGUCCGCCCCAUCUUCCGCCUGUGCCUCACCCUUCCAAGAAUGCAGCCAGGAACAUGAACGGCGCCCCUGCGAAGCGCUGGGCGGAGGAUUCGGAUGAGGGUCAACGCGAGCCUUCUCGCCGACGGGUCUCGGAUGGCGAGGAAGACGACGUUGAGCGUUCGCCUGUUGGAGCCAACUAUGUCACUGCCAUUGCACCUCCACGAUCACCUUUGCUACGUUCGCCCGCAUUAGAAAAGCCAAGAGAUUGGCACCGUCUCGACAACAAGUCGCUAGUCAACUCUGCUGUUCGUGUUUGA